AUGUCGAUGUUACCGUGGUGCAUUAUCGGUGACUUUAAUGAUCUUCUGUCUCAAAAUGACAUGCAAGGGGUUAAUGCCCACCCUAAUUGGCUGUGUACGGGAUUUCAAGAUGCCGUCGGUGAUUGUGAUCUUACGAAUAUUCCGUUGGAGGGGUAUCCUUUUACUUGGACGAAGAGCAGAGGCACGCCCCAUAUGAUUGAGGAAAGGUUAGACAGAUCCCUUAUUACAUCUGAGUGGUUGCGGUUAUUUCCGUCGGCUAAACUUCUCAAUCUUAUAGCUUCACACUCAAACCACACACCUAUUCUUCUAUGUUGUGAUCCGGUUCCAAUUUACUGUGCUGUUGACUUAGAAAGAUGGAGUAGAAUGCGUGUUCGGCGGCAGAAUGAGGAGAGGGAUAGUAUUUGUGUAACGAUGGAACUAUACCGUGGUAGUAAUGAUCCGACAAGUGCAUCACUUUAUAUGGAAGCUCACAAUGAGUAUAAUAAAAUUCUAAUUCGUGAUGAUACUUAUUGGCGUCAACGAGCGAAGAUGCAUUGGCUUCAGGAUGGUGAUUAA